CCGGGAGCAGGCUGCGCAGUGCCCAGGCCGAGCCGGUGCGCCGCAGACUAGGGCGCCUCGGGCCAGGGAGCGCGGAGGAGCCAUGGCCACCACUAACGGGGCCGUGGAAAACGGGCAGCCGGACAGGAAGCCGCCUGCCCUGCCGCGCCCUAUCCGCAACCUGGAGGUCAAGUUCACCAAGAUAUUUAUCAACAAUGAAUGGCAUGAAUCCAAGAGUGGAAAAAAGUUUGCCACAUAUAACCCUUCAACUCUGGAGAAAAUAUGUGAAGUGGAAGAAGGAGAUAAGCCCGAUGUGGACAAGGCUGUGGAGGCUGCACAGGCUGCCUUCCAGAGGGGCUCGCCAUGGCGCCGGCUGGAUGCCCUGAGUCGUGGGCGGCUGCUGCACCAGCUGGCUGACCUGGUGGAGAGGGACCGCGCCACCUUGGCCGCCUUGGAGACGAUGGAUACAGGGAAACCAUUUCUUCAUGCCUUUUUCAUCGACCUGGAGGGCUGUAUUAGAACCCUCAGAUACUUUGCAGGGUGGGCGGACAAAAUCCAGGGCAAGACCAUCCCCACAGAUGACAACGUUGUGUGCUUCACCAGGCAUGAGCCCAUUGGUGUCUGUGGGGCCAUCACUCCAUGGAACUUCCCCCUGCUGAUGCUGGUGUGGAAGCUGGCACCCGCCCUCUGCUGUGGGAACACCAUGGUCCUGAAGCCUGCAGAGCAGACUCCCCUCACCGCCCUUCAUCUCGGCUCUCUGAUCAAAGAGGCCGGGUUCCCUCCAGGAGUGGUGAACAUCGUGCCAGGAUUCGGGCCUACAGUGGGAGCAGCAAUUUCUUCUCACCCUCAGGUCAACAAGAUCGCCUUCACCGGGUCCACAGAGGUUGGAAAACUGGUUAAAGAAGCUGCCUCCCGGAGCAAUCUGAAGCGGGUGACGCUGGAGCUGGGAGGGAAGAACCCUUGCAUCGUGUGCGCUGAUGCUGACUUGGACUUGGCAGUGGAGUGUGCCCAUCAGGGAGUGUUCUUCAACCAAGGCCAGUGUUGCACAGCAGCCUCCAGGGUGUUCGUGGAGGAGCAGGUCUACUCUGAGUUUGUCAGGCGGAGCGUGGAGUAUGCCAGGAAACGGCCCGUGGGAGACCCCUUCGACGUCAAAACAGAACAGGGGCCUCAGAUUGAUCAAAAGCAGUUCAACAAAAUCUUAGAGCUGAUCGAGAGUGGGAAGAAGGAAGGAGCCAAGCUGGAAUGUGGGGGCUCAGCCAUGGAAGACAAGGGGCUCUUCAUCAAACCCACUGUCUUCUCAGAAGUCACAGACAACAUGCGGAUUGCCAAAGAGGAGAUUUUUGGACCAGUGCAACCAAUACUGAAGUUCAAAAGUAUCGAAGAAGUGAUAAAAAGAGCCAAUAGCACUGACUAUGGACUCACAGCAGCCGUGUUCACAAAAAACCUCGACAAAGCUCUGAAGUUGGCUUCUGCCUUAGAGUCUGGAACGGUCUGGAUCAACUGCUACAACGCCCUCUACGCACAGGCUCCGUUUGGUGGCUUUAAAAUGUCAGGAAAUGGCAGAGAACUAGGUGAAUAUGCUUUGGCCGAAUACACAGAAGUGAAAACUGUCACCAUCAAACUUGGCGACAAGAAUCCCUGAAGGAAAGGCGGGGCUCCUUCUUCAAACAUCGGACAGGGGAAUGUGGCAGAUGAAACGUGCUGGAGAAAAAAAUGACAUGUCUGACCUUCCCCGUACACAUUCUUCUGGAGGCUUUACAUCUACUGGAGUUGAAUGAUUGCUGUUUUCCUCUCACUCUCCUGUUAAUUCACCAAACUGGGGAUGCCCAUAUGUUGUCUGUGAAAUCGCAGUCCUGCCUCGGGAGGGAGCUGUUGGCCAUUUCUGUUUUUCACUUUAGUCCAGAUCCCGGAGACAGUGAGAUACUCAGGGCGUUGUUAACAGGGAGUGAUAUUUGAAGUAUCCAGCCAUUGCUUAAAACGCUUUGCCGAAUCUGACUCCAAUAAGAAUGUGGGAAAACCCCCCUGUGUGUUCUGCAAGCAGGGCUC